CGAGAAGAAGACCCAUUACGUUCUAAUUUCUUCAGUUUUCCGUUUCAGCCUCCAUCGCUUCUGUUCUUCUCUCUUCAUCUCCGACACUCUCGUCUCGUACAAAUAUGAUCCCGGAAUCAGCUCAUUGACACAAUCUGGCCGUUUCAUCGACCCGUACUCGUUAUCGUGGCAUUACGUCAGCGACUGUUGUUCUAAAUAUUACCAUCAAACAGACCAUGAGUUCGACAUCUGCGGCUUCUCCAAUCCAUAGCACACGGAAUCUCAACAUGUAUAAUGCUAAUGCCGACGCAUUGACGGCAACUUCUAGUGCAACGGCCAAUACACCGCCCGUUGUGCCGUCCAAGAGAUCAGACGAUGACAUCCAGUUCAUCUCAUCUCAGCCGGUCAAGAAGCAGAAGCUUACACACACCAAACUCCAGAUCAAGAUCACCCCCUCAGCACCACAAUAUCACCAUGACCUGCAAGAACAACAACACCCAUUACCGGAUCACCAUGUGUCCCGAUAUUCGCCCAUCCUGAUUCCCAAUAUCCAAUUGACACCUCCCGAACAAGGCAAUGAUUAUGAAAAAGAAACAACAACGGCGCAGCCCCAGGAGAGGAGAGUGAGCACUGGAAUGGUGGGCUUACCCUCUGGUUUCCCCCAAACCGACUCUGCAUACAUGAUGAGAGGCGUAUCUUUGCCCAUCUACACAAGUCUGCAGAACUUUGUGCUUAAUCAACCCCACGACAGGGUUCGGCCUUUGAGUUCACCGCCUCUUUCACCAAAGCAGCUACCUCCAAUGUCUAUGAUGCAUCCCAACGCACCGCCCCUUAGUAAUGAUGGACCUCAAGGUCGCAGCCAGCCAAUGACGCCGAAAUCAUCACACAACACCUAUCAGACAUUGCCUCAAUCUACAACGAGGCUUAAUUCCGCGACUGUCAUGACUAGACCGUUAACACCAACAAGUAGCCCAUCGCCGGUGCAAACUAUUCGCAUGGAGAAAUCAAUGUCAAGUAUGCCACAAUCCUCACUUAUCUCAGCAACGCAGCAAUAUGAACAGUCACCUGACAGAUUAAAGCAGACGCACGCUCCUCUUCCUCCUAUACCACGUCAACACUUUUCAAAUCAUCUGGCUGCCAACCGUUUAACUGGACCCAAACCUCCCUGUCAAGCUUGCGCAGCUCAGAGUGUUGUGAGGGCGAGAGCUCAAGGCUUGCCAGUGCCUAUGAUGGAAAUGCAGAGGACACCAACUCAUACGACGCCUCAGAUGCCAUGUCCGCCCGUGCAAUCAUAUCCACCCUCGCGCCCGCAGUUUAUGGCCAUGCCGGGGUUUAAACCAGGGUUCCAUCCCAUGAUGAUGCCCAUGCAUGCCCAUAACUUUGGUGGAUUGAUAACACCGCCUAAUAAUAUAUCAAUUCAGCAGCAUCCAAUUACCCCGUGGCAGAAAACUCCAGUAUGGAUGUCUACGGCACAACAAGCCACUACAACCACAAAGACCGGUACGCCAAGGCAGACAAGUCCACCGGCACCUACGCCGCAGCCGUUGAGCCUUCAGAAUGCUACUCCGGUGCACCCAGCUCUUCAUGCCACGCAUCGGAAGCCGGCCCGUAACCUGAUUGUGGACAUAGCUGAAACAUGCCAGGAAAUUUUCCCUUUCGAAGAUGUGGCAAAGCGGCAGGAUGUACCGGUCGAGAAAGUAAUCGAGGUUUUCACUGCCAUUAUUGGAGUGCCGCUGCAGCGAAGCGCAAAUGAUCGAAGAAGACCCGGAAGGGAAGCGACUACUCGAAUCAGAGAGUAUCAGAGAGCUAAGAGAGAAAUUCAGGACGUGACACGAAGUGAUGGAGCCGAGGGCAACAAGAACGAAAUUGUCGUGAGACCUUUCGAUAUUGCGCAGAUGAUGGGGCCACUAAAUCUGCGGCAGGACUCUUAAUUGCGCUUUUAAGGGUUGCAAUCAUUCAGGUUACGUGACUUCGCUGCACCACGUUACUCCCAAAGUUCCGAAUUCUUUGGUUCGAGAUGAAAAGUCUUUGAGUAUCUUUCUGAGACUUCUACCUUUUCUUUGAGAGGAAUCAUUUGUAUCCACCCUAAGCCAUCAAUAGAUACUCAAGCGCGAGUUCCUUACAUACGAGAUAGGCGAAGAUUCGUAAUAGACAAGACUGAGGAACCUCCAUGCAAUGACGUUUUCCAACAUACGGACCACAUGAGGUGUGUGACGGGACUGGUUUAUAUACACGGCUAGCCACACUAGAAACGAGUUUCAAUCAACAAUUGCAUUAUUUGAGAUAUUUAUCGCGUCAGUCAACGACUUUAUUUCAGACCAUGGUGUUUAUAUUAACACUUUAUGGAUG